GGCUGGCUCAACUGGCUCGUGAUUUGCGUCGGGGCAACCCAUGGGUCGGCCAAGAAACGUAUCCAACUCGACGCGGCGUUCAACAUCAUGAGGCACAUCACCAACAAGAAGAAUGUGACCGUUCUGGAGAAGAUCGUUGGAGAAGCAGCUAGCAACCUUGCUGGCGGUGGUGUCUCUCCAGGCACAUCCACAGCCGAUGGCCCAGACACGGCUACGGAAGAAGAGAUUUACGAUAGAAGUGGCAUGGACAGCAGUACAGAGGACGAGUAUUGCGUCCCACGGUCGUUGGCUGACAAAUGCGACGACCAGAAACGCAUCCUGAUGGACAUGCGGGCGGAUCUCAUCAGCAUGUCGUUAGAUGAGCUAAAGUGCCGUGCCGUCAAGAAGGAGAUCGCCACCAGUUACAUGGUCGAGCAGCUUCGGUCCUUAAAGGAGGACAUGGGGAAACACCAGCAGCAAAUAGAGCACAUUAGUACCAGUGGAGUCGCGGGUGCCCACGUGUGCGGCCACAUCCUGCAAGAGAAGCUGAAGGAGGAGAAGGUUAACAUCGGCAGCUCCGAAAUCACGAAGAGUGCGGAGCUCUUUGACAUCUUCGAUGGCUACGCUACCGUGGCAACUCAACCGGAGAAGACGGCGCCAAAAGUGGCGCAAUUCAUCGGCAACGAGGCUGAGGAGCAGAUCGAGGCCGACGCCGAAGAGAACAAGGGUCUCGAGAAACAUGGGUCCACCAUGACGGCCGGCAAGUCCAAAUCGGCAAACGCAGGUGAACUCCCAGGAUCCACUGCCGAAGGCGACGCAGUGCCUCAGAGGACCGUGUAUGUCGGCAACAUCGAGUAUAAGUCACCACCACGACAGUUACAUGAGCAUUUCGACAUGUGUGGGAUUGCCAGCAGUAUCACAAUCAUUGUCGACAAGCGUACAGGCAGACCCAAGGGAUCAGCUUUCAUAGAGUUCAUGGACGAGCAGGGUGCCAUCAAUGCAUUGCUCAUGGAUGGGGUUGAAUUCUGUGGCAGGCGGCUGAGGGCCCGCCAGAAAUAUCCGAACAGUGAUCCAGGCAUUGCUGUUUCGCCGAUCAGCGGGUUUGCAGACCGAGUGACCGACCUGUCCAACAUAGCACUCUGCCGUAACGGCGUUGGCGCCAAGCUGCAUCAGUUUGCUUCCAGCUAG